AUGACCAUCGGCUGCUUCGAUCCGACGAUCCCAUCCGUGACUCGAAGCGCAGCGGCCAGCACCUUCCAGCGUCUGAGUGUCACAGUGCCGGAAAAAGCAGGACAGGCAGCAGCUCAACGCAUCCGCAUGGCCAUGCUGUGCAAGUCCCUGAAAAUUUGUUCCGAGGGAAGCACUGAGGGCGCUGGCUUGGUCGUACAAACUGCUUUCACGUGUGCUCUGCCCCGGCGUAACGCGGCCGGGAAGGCUCAGGCGGCCCGCGAGGUGUGCGCCGCGUCCUGCCCGCACCGCCGCCGCUCUCCGCGCCGCGCGCACUUCGUCGACUGGUACCUCGUCCUCGCCAUCGGCGAGGCCUCGUCGGAGGACGCCAUCAACCGGCGGUACCGGCACCUCGCGCCAAGGACGUGCCCUAAAGACACGCUGCCAUUUCCGCCUCCAUCGGGGAGCAACAUGAUCGAAGAAAGCGACACGAAGAGAAGAUGAUGGCCCCGAUGUUGUUAUUCUCGCCAUGGACGUAUGAUCCAUCCACGUUGAGCUUCGCCCAUCCCGCCGGAGGUUUCUCCCAAGUUGUGUUAGCUUGUAUACCUGUCGGUGAUGCUACUGUUUGCUUGACCAUAUGCGGUACACUCUGAACCAUCUUGCCUUUCACCAAA